UCAAGGUGCGUGCAUGAGAAACAGGUUUGGGCCAAGAUUUGAAUGUCGCAUAUACCCAAAUGAACGAUUUUUUUGAUAUAAAAACCGGAGGAUUCGCCGUAAAAUGCAUCAGUUGUUAGCAGACUUAGCAGCAGUAACACCCCAAUCAUCAAAAAUGGCAUUCAGAUUCUUCGUACUUUGCGCCACCCUCGCCCUCGCCAGAGCCGGCAACCUCCUGGCCCCAGCCGCCCCUGCCUUGGCCUACAGCGCCCCAGCCCUCGCCAGCCCUGUGGCCUACUCCGCAGCCGCCCCUCUGGCCUACGCCGCCCCCACCGCCUACUCCAGCUCCCCCAUCUACGCCGCUAAGUCUGCUUACUCUGCCCCUAUCGCAUACUCCGCCCCAGCUAUCGCUGCCGCCCCUGUAGCCUUGGCUGCCCGUGCCACUUACGCUGCCCCAGCUUUUGCUGCCCGUGCCACUUAUGCCGCCCCGGCUUACGCUGCUGCCCCAGUAGCAGUCGCUGCCCGUGCCACUUUCGCCGCCCCAGCUAUUGCUGCUGCUCCAGUAGCUUAUGCCGGUGCCUCUUAUGCCGCCCCAGCUAUUGCUGCCGCCCCAGUAGCCUACGGCUCCUCGAUCUACGCCGCUAGGUCUGCCCCCCUUUUGGGAGCUGCCACCUACGCUACCGCCCCAGCUUGGUAAACAGUUAAAAAUGUAAAUUUCUUUUGUAAAUAUUUUUAUUUUAUUUGAAAUAAAAGGUUUUAAUUAA